ACCGAUCUGCUCAUCCAGGUUGCUUGUUAUCUGGAUCCUUGGUGUUUUCCCUCAUCGAUAUUCUCAUUUUUUCUUUCUUUUACCCGGUUCUGGCAGCCAUCGUCAGCUGAACGACUAUCCGUCUCCAAAUCAAACAAGCCGUUCAAAAAACGCUUCAAAAACCAACUCUACAACACCGAAAACGAUCUUCCUUCUCGCGGUUAUUUCCCCCGUUUUUUCUCCUCAUACCAUCAUCCCUCACGUCAACCCAAACGCACCGAGCACAUUCAAUUUGACCAGUCAUGGCAGAUUCGCAGACGGAGAUCGAUCUGGACUCGGUUAUUGACCGCUUGUUGGAGGUGCGAGGCAACCGCCCAGGCAAACCUGUUCAACUACAAGAAUACGAGAUCAAAUAUCUCUGCACAAAAGCACGCGAGAUAUUCAUAAAUCAACCAAUAUUGCUUGAACUAGAGGCUCCCAUAAAGAUUUGCGGUGACAUCCACGGUCAAUAUUAUGACUUGCUCCGACUUUUCGAGUAUGGCGGGUUCCCACCAGAAGCAAACUAUCUUUUCCUCGGCGACUACGUCGAUCGGGGGAAACAAUCUCUCGAGACAAUCUGUCUCCUUCUCGCCUACAAGAUCAAGUACCCCGAAAACUUUUUCAUCCUCCGGGGCAACCACGAGUGUGCAAGUAUAAACCGAAUCUAUGGCUUCUACGAUGAAUGCAAACGGCGUUACAAUAUCAAAUUAUGGAAGACGUUUACGGAUUGUUUUAAUUGUCUCCCUAUAGCCGCUAUCAUUGACGAAAAGAUCUUCACGAUGCAUGGUGGUCUCAGCCCUGAUCUUCAGUCCAUGGAGCAAAUACGGAGAGUGAUGAGACCUACGGAUGUUCCUGACACAGGCUUGCUAUGUGACCUACUAUGGUCAGAUCCUGACAAGGAUAUCACUGGGUGGUCGGAGAAUGACCGAGGAGUAUCCUUCACAUUCGGACCCGACGUGGUCUCCCGAUUUUUGCAGAAACAUGACAUGGAUCUCAUCUGUAGGGCUCAUCAGGUCGUUGAGGACGGUUAUGAAUUUUUUGCAAAGCGGCAUUUGGUCACUUUAUUCUCAGCGCCUAAUUACUGCGGAGAAUUUGACAACGCGGGCGCAAUGAUGAGCGUGGACGAAACCCUAUUAUGCUCCUUCCAGGUUGACCCCGAUCUUCAGAUCCUGAAGCCUGCUGAGAAGAAGGCCAAGUAUCCAUACGGAGGAAUGAACAUGGGUCGACCAGUAACGCCACCGCGUAAGCAGAAGAAGAAGGACAGCAAGAUGGGCUGA